ACCCUCACUCACAAACUAUGUUCAAGCAGGUAAUACGUGGAUUGGCCACCGAAGCCAAGUUCAACAUCCGCCAGCCUCCCAAGUAUACGUUGGGUAGCGUGCGGUCGUUCCCCUCGUUGGAGCCCCACCAGUUUGUGCCUCUCCCCACCCAGUUUCUUGGGUUGCCCACCAGAAGAGAUUUAUUGUGGAGUGCAGUGGUUUUCGAAGCUGACAGAGCCAGAGUCGGAUCCGGCAAUGCUAUGACCAAAAGUGACCAGCUCUACUCGCAUAAGAAGUUGCGGCCCCAAAAGGGUAGUGGUAGAGCCAGAGUUGGUGAUGCCAACUCUCCUCACAGAGACAACUUGAUUAAGGCCCAUGCCAUCACUGCCCCACACGACUGGUCCACCAAGCUUCCGGUGAAAAUAUAUAACAAGGCGAUGGCCACGGCGUUGUCGGAACAGUACCAGCUUGGCCGAGUGUAUAUUGUGGGAGAAACCGACAAAUCUCUUGAUAACGAUAAUGAAAAAUCCAUUCUUGACUUCAAUUACGAGUACCCAGAGACCAUGAAACAGUUCAUUCGGGAUCACCACUUGAACAAGAUGAACUUGUUGUUUAUCACCGACGGCCAACGGGACAAUUUGCUCAAGGCCACCGAAUUGUCCACUGGUAAAGCCGAUGUGUUGGUGAAAGAUGCGGUGGAGGUGAGAGAUGUUUUGAAGGCCAACCGGAUAUAUAUUGAGUUGCCCGCCUUGCAGUGGCUCAUUGGCAGAUACAUGUAAAUAGAUACGAAUAUACGUCGGUUAGAUGAGAGCUGUUUGUGACCAUUUGCAGUCGUGAU